AUGGCCUCUCGACGUGAGCAGGAGGCAGCCGCGGCUGUCCUCGUACAAGCAGAAUCGUUACUAGUACAAUCCCGUGCAGACAACGCACUCGCGCUACUCGUGAAGCUCGAGCGGACGACACCUGGCGCCAAGGGAUUGGCUGAGCUGCUCGCCGUGGCUCAGGUUCUCGCCGCUGUCGGCUACACGCCGGAGUGUCCGAGGUGUCGCCGUCCCAUUGGUCCGCUUCCCAAGGAUUACGUGGAUUGGUUCGGGGUGCUCCAGGUGGAUGCGCGGACGGACGAAGCCGGAAUUAAGAAGCGGUACCGACAGCUAGCGCUUCUGCUGCAUCCGGAUAAGAACAGGUCGCAGAAGGCGGAAGCAGCGUUCCGUUAUGUCAAGGAGGCGCACACAGCACUGACAGAGAGCAACAAGCGAGCCGUAUUUGAUACCCUGCGUACCCGCCUCCCCCCCUGCCCCUGCUCUGCACCCGCGGGAGGAAGACCCAUGGGGGUGCAGAGGGGUGCAGGAGGGUUCAGAGCGUCUCAGGGGGCGAGUUGGGCGGGCAACGAGGCGGGGCGGUUGCAGGAGCUGAGGGAGCAAGCCAAGGCGCGGGUGGUGUCUUUGGAGAGGGAGUGGGAGGAGAAGAAGGAGCAGUGGCUUCGAGACUUUGAACAGGCUAAAGUGCAGCAGCAGGCACAGGCGGAGCAGGAGGCACAGCAGGAGAAGGAGGAGGGGAGAAAACAGGAGGAGCGGCACCAGGCGCAAGAGCAGCAGGCGGAGGGGGAGGGGGAAGGGGAGGGGGAGCAAGAGGACGGAAAAGGGACGGAUGUAGCUAAGGGAAGGCAUGGGGAUGUGAAGAGUGAGGCGGGUGUGAGUGAGGGGAGUGUGAGUGAGGGGGGUGUGAGUGAUGCUGCAGCUGCGCCUGCCUCUCAGCAUGCCACAUGUGGGGAGCCAUCCAGUGACCAGACAGGUUCCACUGAUGAGAAUCCGGAACAUGUGGCCGACUCGAUAUGGGAGCAGCUGGCAGAUCUUGUGGAUGAUGCUGACGUGGAAGGUGAGAGCCAAGGCAGGAGGGAGGACAGCAGUUGGAGUGGCAGCAGGGGAACACAGGAGGACAAGGAUGCACAAGCAGAGGAACGGAAAGUGGGCAGGAAGAAGCAAGCAGAGCAAACGACAGAGCAAACGGCAGAGCAAACGGCAGAGCAAACGGCAGAGAAAACGGCAGAGAAAACGACAGAAAAAAGGGCAGAGGAGCAGGGUGAUGAAACAGUAGAGGUAAACCUCUCCUCUCGCAACACACAUGGCCAGGGGAAGGGCGGCAGACUCGUGGAAAGGGAGGGUGACACGGAGGGGGGUCGAGCAGCAGAUGCUGGGAUGGAGCGAGCUGGCAGCAUGAUGAGCAGUGCAAGCAGUGACUCUUACGGAAAUGGCUCAGCUGAUACUGCAACCCUUGCUGCUGCACCCCUCACUGGUGCAACCCUUGCUGCUGCACGCGCAUACCCCAGUAGUAGUGCUUCUGGGUCCACGGGGGACCAGCCCACUUCUUUCCGCGCCACCAAAUCAGGCAGAGCUGCUGCUGACGCCAUGGCAGCAGCUGCUGCUGCCACGGAAGCUGCCCGAAAGGUUCUCGAGCGGUCCCGGUCAGUGCUGAGGAAGGGCUCUGUGCGGCCUGAGGGAGACCGUGGCCGAGCAGAGGAAGCAGGCAAGGCAAGCAGUGGAGGCGAGGUGGGCGGCGGAGAGGCGGGCGGCAUAGGUGCGGCAGGUGGUGCAGGCGAGAAGGCUAGUGAAGGUGAGGUUGGCAGAGUGGCAGCAAGCUCGGCGCCUUGCAGUGCAGAGGGCUCCGGUGUUGCGUCAAGUUCUUUUGAAGCUCAACCUUCCAAGGCGGAUAGAGGGCCUGCUGCUGAUGAUGCUCCUUGCUGUGGAGAGAUUUCAAGCCCUGCAGCUGAAGAGACGACUGCAGCGGAUGCAGCAACAACAGCAACAGCAGCAGCAGCAGCAGUAGCAGUGGCGUGCGUAGGCGAUAAAGCAGACUCAGUGGAGGGCGGUAAGCCACGAGAAGCUGAUUUGGUGAGCCAAGGGAGGAGCUCCAAUCACCCCAUGCAGGCAAGCUCAGGUGGUAGCAGUGGUGGUGGCAGUGAUUGUAGUAGUGGUGGUGGCCUUUCCUCCUGCAGCAAUCCAGUCACCCCCGUGCCUGUGCCUUCAUCGAACCACCUCUCUUCCUCCGGUGCUGCUGCAAGUGCUCCGGUCUCUUCAGAAAGUUGUUCAGCCUCUGGGCUGGCCACAGUGAGAGGCAGUCCAGGUGCAGAUUCCCUGAUCAGCAGCACGAGCAGCAGUAGAGCGACUAGCAUUAGAAUUCCAAGUCACAGCAGCGUGGGUGGCACGUGGGUUGCACCUUGCAGCAGUGGCAGCAGGAGCAGCAGGAGCAGCAUUGGGGGCGGCAAGGAGGGCAAGGAGGGCAGUGGGGAUGUGUUGGAAACUCUGCAGAGGCUUAGACAUGACACACAAGCUGUUGCUGCCUCACUGGAUAACCUCAGGCGCCGGCUCUCUGCCCGCCCUGCUGUUGUCUUCCCUGGUGCUGUCUUCCCUGGCACUGCAGCUGGGUCUGUGCCAGGAGUAACUGGUUCGUCACCAGUGCAAGUUCCUGCGUCCUAG